AACAAUUUUGCUCUCAAGGGUAGCGCGCAUGCUAUUGAUGGGAGACUUAAGUGUUCGUUGAGUCAUCAUCACGGGGUUCUCAGUGGGCCGGGAUAAAAUUUACCCAUAUGGCAAAAUCUUUGUAGCACGCAGCUUACAUUAUCUGCCCAUACAGAUCUUAGGGGAUAUCAUCCUCCGAGUUCCUUGCAAGCCGUUUUGGAUCAUUCCUUUGUUCUUGUGGACUUAAAAAUAUUGAAUUAUGGCGAAUAUUGCCAUUUCAAGGAUUAAAAGGGAAUUUAAGGAAGUAAUUAAAAGUGAAGAGAUCGCCAAGUCGAUGAUCAAGGUGGAGCUGGUGAAUGACAACUACUCGCAGCUGCGUGGCGAGAUUUCGGGUCCGCCCGACACGCCGUACGAGGGCGGCCACUUCGUGCUCGACAUCAAGAUUCCGGAGACGUACCCGUUCAACCCGCCCAAGGUCCGCUUUCUGACGCGUAUCUGGCACCCGAACAUCUCGUCGGUGACGGGCGCCAUCUGCCUGGACAUCCUGAAGGACCAGUGGGCGGCGGCCAUGACGCUGCGCACCGUGCUGCUGUCGCUGCAGGCGCUGAUGGCGGCCGCUGAGCCGGACGACCCGCAGGAUGCGGUCGUGGCGCGUCAGUACAAGGAACACCCGGACAUGUUCCGCAAGACGGCGCAGCAUUGGACCAACAAGUACGCCUCUGGCCCCAGGGCGGUGCCCGAAUUCGACGAAAAGGUCUGCAAGCUGCGCGACAUGGGCUUCGAGGAGCAGACGGCGCGCGCCGCGCUCUCCUCCUGCGAAUGGAACCUGGAGAAGGCCACCGAGACCCUGUUCAGCUAGGCGGCGGCGGCUCGUGGACAGUCAACAGGCCGCGCCGACGCUGGCGCAGCAAAACGCACUCCAGGCAAACCACGUCGAGGCCAUCUGGAGAUCAUAGUCAGAUUUAUUUUCAUAAGAUCGGAACGCCGUGGGGUCAAUCUUUUUCGCUGGUAAGGUUUAGCCGAAUGUAAGAGACGUUGUGUCGGGAUUCUUUCACUCCCCGGUCUCGCCGAUCAGACAGAGUGCGAUGUCGGUACAGUGCGAUGAUCGAACACUUACCGUUGAAGCGGUAGGCUAGAGGUGCCUCUAAGUCAAAAUUGCAAUGUAUGAUUUAAGCGCAAGUGCGCCACUUAUGCGCUGGGUUUGUCCCGCUUUGUUACGAGGUCUAAAUGAGGGGUGGGAGGCGGUCGGGUCGGCAGACCCUCUGCCUUUGUUCGGAUAGCUUGGUUGGUCAGGCGCUGUCGUCUCGCAGGCUGGCGGAUCGACCUCCCUGCGUCCGAUCGACCGGUCACGGGAGCCUGACCGCCAGAACCUUCCCGUUAAACGCCGCCGAGAGAGCCGUGCCGCCGCAGGGGUUACACCGCGGCUGGAGGCCGUCUGGUGCCCGGCUGCCGUUCCCCUUAUUCCGUGCUGGUGCAUCGUGUGUGUGUGUGUGUGUCACCGCACGGAGGCGCACGUGCUGCACGUGCACCAGCUGACGCCCACCACGCCGUGCCCGACGUCGGCGCGGUCCGCGCUGCUCCUGACGGCAGCCAGAGGUCUCUGACUGCCGACCGAGGCCGCCGGGCCGCCCGCCUCGAGAGAAGCCAGUUGUGCAGCCGUCUUCGGUCACCGGCGCCCAGGACCUUUGGCGGGCCCGGUAGGCGAGCGUCGCCAGCGUAGCCACCGCUCAGGUCUGCGUGACGGCCGCCUCCGUCCUCUGGAUCGGCCGUCAAGCGCCGGUGCACCAACGCCGUCGCCACCAGCCGGCUGUCGGGGCGCCGUGCAUUCUCUCCCACUGGCUGGAGCGACUUCACUGCAACGCCACGAGUCUGGAUCGGCGCCUUACCUGUUUACCAUCGGUAGCGGCCAGGGCCGGGACUGUUCCGCUCCACCGGACAGGAGGCCUGUGCCUCCGCGCUUCACCCAUCCGGUGACGUCACAUUUGGCCCCGGCGCCGGCAGAGGGCGCCGCUGCUCCCACCCUCCGGACCCCGAGGCGGGAGGACGGCUCCCGCCUGAAUGUUGGGGAGUGGUGGAGGGCCGCCCGUACGCUCCCGGCUGAUGGCCGUGCGACGGACCGGAGCGAAAGACAGGCGCGGCGGAGGGGCGUCGGGCUCGAGGGGUGUUACGACGAGCGGAGGCCGCAUCGAUGCGCCGCCGGACCCACAUGGAAUGUGUUUUUCUGUAAAUAAACGAGGUGAAUUUGAUAGUU